UGGCACGGACGGGGGGGGGGGUGGUGGACGAGGGAGCAGGAAAGACCGACUCGGAAGAGCGGGGGAAGCCGAACGGAGCCGGCUUCGCACCGCGCCCCCCCCCCCCCGGUACAAUCUGCCGCCAUCCUCCCUCCACGCUCGCCAUCCGCCCGGCACAGGGACCCCUUCCGAGAGCGGAGAGGCCGCUCUCCCUGACCCGGCCGCUAUUGGGAGCCCAACAUGGCAGGACCUGGAGGAGGAGGGAAUGACAUUCAGUGGUGUUUUUCUCAGGUGAAGGGAGCUGUAGAUGAUGAUGUAGCAGAAGCGGAUAUAAUUUCUACGGUAGAAUUUAACCAUUCUGGAGAAUUACUAGCAACAGGAGACAAAGGAGGUAGAGUUGUCAUCUUUCAACAGGAGCAGGAGAACAAAAUCCAGAGUCUCAGCAGAGGGGAAUACAAUGUUUACAGUACUUUUCAAAGCCAUGAACCAGAAUUUGACUACUUGAAAAGUUUAGAAAUUGAAGAAAAGAUCAACAAAAUUCGGUGGUUACCCCAGAAAAAUGCUGCUCAGUUUUUAUUGUCUACAAAUGAUAAAACAAUAAAGUUAUGGAAAAUUAGUGAAAGGGACAAAAGACCGGAGGGCUAUAACUUGAAGGAAGAAGAUGGGCGGUAUAGGGACCCUUCUACAGUUACAACACUACGUGUGCCAGUAUUCAGACCCAUGGAUCUUAUGGUUGAAGCCAGUCCGCGAAGAAUAUUUGCAAAUGCUCACACGUAUCACAUCAACUCUAUCUCCAUCAAUAGUGAUUAUGAAACGUACCUAUCUGCAGAUGACUUGCGGAUUAAUCUGUGGCACCUAGAAAUUACAGACCGAAGUUUUAAUAUUGUAGAUAUUAAGCCUGCCAACAUGGAAGAGCUGACAGAGGUGAUAACAGCUGCAGAGUUCCAUCCUAACAGCUGUAACACAUUUGUAUACAGCAGUAGUAAAGGAACAAUUCGUCUGUGUGACAUGAGAGCAUCGGCACUCUGUGACAGACAUUCGAAAUUGUUUGAAGAACCAGAAGACCCUAGCAACAGAUCGUUUUUCUCUGAAAUCAUCUCUUCCAUAUCCGACGUAAAAUUCAGCCAUAGUGGUCGAUAUAUGAUGACUAGAGAUUAUCUGUCCGUGAAGAUCUGGGAUUUAAAUAUGGAAAACAGACCUGUGGAAACAUACCAGGUACAUGAAUACCUCCGAAGUAAACUUUGUUCUCUGUAUGAGAAUGACUGCAUUUUUGACAAAUUUGAGUGCUGUUGGAAUGGAUCGGACAGUGUUGUCAUGACGGGAUCUUACAACAAUUUCUUCAGAAUGUUUGACAGAAACACAAAGCGAGACAUCACCUUGGAAGCAUCACGGGAAAAUAAUAAACCCCGCACUGUUUUGAAGCCCCGCAAAGUCUGUGCAAGUGGAAAGCGAAAGAAGGAUGAAAUUAGUGUUGACAGCCUAGACUUCAACAAGAAGAUACUACAUACAGCCUGGCAUCCCAAGGAAAAUAUCAUUGCUGUAGCUACUACAAACAACUUGUAUAUAUUUCAAGACAAAGUGAAUUAGGGUUGGCAUUCCUAACAGAAGAAUUCACUUCCUGCAUAGUUGAGAUAGUUGAAUCUAGCAUUUGUACCUGUAAAUGAAAGAGAAUAAAAGAGAGAGGUCCAUUGUGGCACCCCUUUCCAGUGUUUAAAAAUGUGCCAUAUGACACACUUUUUUUAGCUACAUGGAGAAAGCUCUGAUGAUUCAUCACAGUGGUGUUCUCCAUGUUUGCUAGCCAUUUAGGUGAGGGUAGGGCACUUUUUAAUUUAAUGACUACUUGCACCAUCUUGCCUAAUGGACUAGAUUGGACUGUAUCAACAUUGGUUUACUCCACUUUUUAUGCCUUCCAUUGUGAUGACGUCAAACACAGGGAAAGCCUUCAGUCAUGCUAUGGGAUUUAAUUGUGUAACCUCAUUACUGUAUCAUUUGUGGCCCUUUUUUAUUAAAUGCAGCUCAUUCUUGCUGUGGCUUGUAGCAUUCCUCCUCCUGGACUCCCCCUUCCCUCCCCUUCAUCCCCUCCACCCCUCCCUGGUGGUGGUGUAUAGAAAAAAAUGAAAUAAAGCACAUGAAAUGGGUCAGUUUGGGGUCAGUGGUAAAGGAAGGGGUCUAUGUUGCGAACAAUGUUUUAAUAAGCAGUUGACUGUAAUCACUCCUUGCCAUGUUUGGCACCAAAAAAGAGAAAAUAAGGAAGAAAAAAAAAAACUACUGAAUAAAAGUGACAAAGAAUGAAGAA